AUGGCGUCCUCGUGGUCUGACGCCCCUCCUGCCUCGUGGUCUGACGCCCCUCCUGAGGAGGCCCGCGCGCUCGACGUGUGGCCGCUCGACGAGAGCAACGUCAAGCUGCUCGACGCCGUCCGUCCUCGUGCCUGGGAGGGCCCGACUGAGGCGGAAGCGGCCGGAGAGUAUGACAUCAUCGCAAUCGGCUCGGGCGCGGGCGGGCUGGUGACGGCCAAGCAGGCGGCGCGGCGCGGUGCGCGCUCUGCGCUCAUCUCGGGCCACCUCGCGGGCGGCGACUGCCUCAACGUCGGCUGCGUCCCGUCCAAGGCGCUGCUCCACUGCGCGCGGGCUGCGCGGGAGGCGAGGGCGGCGCUGGCCGAGGGGUUCCUGGUCGCCGCUGACGGUACCGCGCCCAAGCUGGAGGUCGAUUUUGACGCCGUGAUGGCGCGGAUGCGCCGGCUGCGCGCCCACAUCGCGCCCGCCGACUCGCACGAGGGCUCUGCGGCGGCGGGCGCGCACGUGUACCAAGGCUGGGCAAGGUUCUCCGGGCCCGACACGGUGGUGGUCAACGAGCGCACGCUCCGCUUCAAGAAGUGCGUCAUCGCGACGGGAGGCCGCGCCGCGGUGCCGCCCACGCCCGGCCUCGCCGCCGCCCCUUACGUCACCAACGCGACGCUCUACAACCUGACUGCGCUCCCUCCGCGGAUGGUCGUGCUCGGCGCGGGCGUCAUCGGGAUGGAGAUGGCGCAGGCGAGGCGCUUAGGCGCCUUCGCCGCCUUUGGCUCUCAAGUGACGGUGCUCGCUCGCUCGGCGGUCCUGUCCAAGGAGGAGCCGGCGGCGCGAGAGGCGGUCGUCAAGGCGCUCGAGGCCGACGGCGUCGCCUUCGUGUCGGGCGUGGACGUCAAGGAGGUGCCGACGCUGCGGCCGCGACCGCCGAGGCGCACUUGCAACUGCGAGGCGCUGCUGGUUGCGACGGGCCGCACGCCGAACGUCGACGGGCUCGGCCUCGACGCGGCGGGCGUGGCGCACUGCGGCAAGGAGGGCAUCGCGAUUGACGACCUCGGAGCCACGUCCAACCCGCGCGUGUACGCGGUCGGCGACUGCGCGGCGGGCGUACCUCGCUUCACGCACAUGUCUGGCGAGAUGGCCAAGCUGGCCGUGCAGAACGCGCUCUUCGGCGACGGCUGCAAGGUCUCCUCGCUCGUGGUGCCGCGCUGCUGCUACACCGAGCCCGAGGUCGCCUCCGUCGGGCUGACGAGACGCGACGCCGAGGCGGCCGGCGUGGCGGUCGACACGUACUCCUCGUCGCUCGAGCACAACGACCGCUUCAUCCUCGAGGGGCAGGCGGCCGGAGGCGGCAUCGUCGAGAUCCACUGCUCCAAGGACACCGACACCAUCGUCGGCGCGACCGUCGUCGCCGCCGGCGCGGGCAACAUCAUCAACGAGGUGACCCUCGCCAUGCAGGCUGGGGUGGGGCUGGGCGCGGUUGCGAGGGUCAUUCACCCGUACCCGACCGUCGGGGAGGGAGUCAUGCAAGCCGGCCUUGGCUACAUCCGCAGGCAUUGGGCCAAGCUCAACUGA